ACCGCUGGGUCAGUUUGGUUUGAGCGCUCGAAAGGAUUUGUUGGUUUAGUCCGGUGUUACUCGAGGGAAAAAGCCAUUUUCCCACUUUGCAUCACAGGGAAAGCCGCCUAGAAGGGCCCGUAAUAAAACCCAGAUUUUUCGAAAGUGGAUUGCAGUGCAUUGGCCGAACGACAGUUGUUCAAUUAAUCGAGCCAGGGCAACCCUAUCCCAAGUUGCAUUUACCAAGAUGAAGUCCAAGGUAAUGGAUAAUUUACGAGAGCGGAUGAAUUCCUGCGGAACAACGACCAUAAAAUAUUUGCUCUUUGUGUUUAAUCUCGUCUUUGCGAUUUCAGGACUGAUCCUGCUGGUCGCGGGCAUUGUCGUGCUGGUGGAUGUCAACGACUAUCAGCACUUUGUGCAGGACCGGUUGAUGGCACCGCCGGUGGUGCUGAUCGUGGUUGGGUCGUUUGUGUUCCUGGUCGCAUCGCUCGGUUGCUAUGGCGCUAUUAAGGAGUCACCGAAGCUGCUGAACGCGUUCGCAGUGUUUCUGCUGAUAGUCUUCCUGAUUGAGGUCGCCGUAGCAAUAGCGGCCAUCGCGUUCAAGGCAGACCUGCAGGACGCACUGAGAAAGCAGCUGGACAAAUCGAUCGCUCGGCACAACAACGCGGACAUGGUCGCUUGGGACAGCGUUCACCGGAAGAUGAUGUGCUGCGGCAUUCAGGGACCGAAGGAUUGGUACGACAAUUUGAACAGAACUAUGCCCGCUUCCUGCUGCAAGCCGGAUCUGAUCGAACCAGAAACUAACGACUGUAAAAAUGCUCCACCUUUGUUCAUGGAUCGUUACUAUCAGGAGGGAUGCUUGAUGAAGCUGGAGGACCAUUUCCACAAAAAUGCCGUAGUUUUGAUUGCCGUUGGAUUUGCAAUAGCCAUAUUCCAGCUGCUGGGAGUAUUUUUCGCCUGCUGGCUAUCUUCAUCCAUCAAAAGAAGUCACGCAUAAACGGGCUAGUAUCAGUCAUUCUGGGGCUAAUGCCAGGAAUUUUAAAAUCGAAAUUUAGUGUAAAAAUCAGUCGUUUUGAUCUAAACCCAUCCUGCAAUAGAAACUAAUGCAUGCACACCCCCUUAAGUAAAUGACUAUGGAAGCAGCAGACUUUACAACUUGAGGCUAUUUCGAACAGUUACCAGUAGAAUGUACGAAUAUAUGAACAAUGUUACGAUCAUUUCUUUCUUUGAGUUAAGGAUACGCAGUUGAUUCUAUGCUAUGUAAACCUAGCUUAUAGAGCAAUAUGUCGCUUAUCACUGCUUGCAAAGGGUACUGCAGGAGCUAGUUAGACGAUAGUGGAAUAAUAUUGCUAUCUCAAUAACAGACCCGUAUUGAUAGUAUGACAAUGUUUUCCAUAUAAGCAAUACAACCAUUGUGCAGAUUAUAAAGCAAUCCGUAGAUAAUAAAGAUUUGUUCAAACUAC